UUGCCAUCGUCCGCAGACUUGUCACGAUCCACGACACGAUGCGGUCUCCGGCGAGGUUCCUCCUCUUCUCGGCUGAGCCAUCGAGCGCCUCCAUCCCCUUCGACGCCGACGUCGUCGUCAUCCUCGCGGUCCUUCUCUGCGCCGCCCUCAGCUUCGUCGCCCUCGCUCUCGUCGCGCGCUGCUCCAGCCCCCGCGCUGCCGCUCCCGCCGCCGCCGCCGCCGCCGCCGCCCCUCCUCCCAGCAAGGGCGCCAAGAAGAAGGCCCUCCUCGCACUCCCCACGCUCGCCUUCGACUCCUCUGUCUCCACCCUGGGGGGCGGCGCCGGGCUGGUCGACUGUGCCAUAUGCCUCGCGGAGUUCGCCGACGGCGAGAUCGUCCGCGUCCUGCUGCAGUGCGGCCACGGAUUCCACCGCGACUGCGUCGACGUUUGGCUUCGGUCCAGCGCGUCCUGCCCCUCCUGCCGCCGGAGCUUGACUGUCUCCGCCCCGCCGCUGUGUGAGCACUGCUGCAAGAGCUCCGGCGCCGACGCCGGCGCCGUAGAACACGACGGCGGAGGAUCCAGUACGUUCUUGCCCUGAAACCCAAAACAUAGACAUGAAACGAAGAAGACGCUCACCGACUGUUUGUUGUUAUGUUUCUUUCAAAUUUGUCGAUCAAUCUACUGAUCAUGUUUGUGUAAAUCGAUCACUUACUCCACGUUGAAAAGAAAUUUUGUGCUCGAUC